GCGCGAAGCUGGGUGGCUCAGGCGGCUGACGAGGACCUCGACGGUGGAGACGAGGACCUCUGGGAGGCGCCGGAGGCCGUCGUGCCCGCGCCCGUGGAGGACGGGCCCGUGCCGAUCGUCCCGUUGGCGGUGGCCCAGGGCAAAUGCUACUGCAGCACGGGCUACGCAGCAGGCGGCCUUGAGCAGUGCCGGUUCGCGUGGCGGGCGCUGCGGGUCUCCAGCGCAGAGCCGCCGCUGCGCUUGCGGGCGCUGUUCGUCGAGAGCAAGGAGGCGAACCCAGAGGCGGCUUGGCCAGCAGCACGCCUCGGGCCGCUGGUCGCCGCCGCCGCCCCCGCGAGGCCCGCUGCGGUGGCCAAAGCGACGGGUCGCCCGCCAGCCGCAGCAGGUCCUCCCAGGGCCCCGCCUGGCGCUGCCCCCUUCGACGACUUCCUGAGCGUAGGAGGCUCGUCGCGCGGCCCUGGCUCAGAGCUGGCCGCAGAUGAGGAGGCAGCUGCCGCGGGCGGCCUGGGAGGCAAGCUCGCAGGGGCUCGUGUGCGCCUCGAGGAGGGGAAGCGGGCUGCUGGGGACGUCAACCUGGACGGCUUCCCCCUCGGCGCAGAGGCGGCUGGCGAGGGGCCUGUGAAGAAGCGGUCGCUCGGGGACCUGCUGGUCGAGCGCGCCGCGAAGCUCAAGAGGGCCGCCUCGGACGCGGGCCCCCGAGGGUCAGGGGACCCUGUGCCCGAGCGGGCGCCGCCAGGAGCUGGUCUGAGCGGCGGCAUGGCGGAGCUGGCGCAGGCGCUCGCGAUGGCCAUCCGCGAGGGCAAGGAGGCUCCCCCUGGCAACAUCGGCGGGGGCGGCCUCGGCUCCGUGGACCCCGCGGCGGUGCCGCGCGACCUGGCCACGAAGAGGGCCUUCUGUCGUCGGAUGGCCGCCGCCUCCCCGGGCCGCCUCACGGAGCUGAGCCUGCAGCAGGUGGCGGACUUCCUGGGCUCGCAGGAGAUCGGCGUGCAGACGUACCGCGAGCUCCGCACCCUCGCGGAGGCGGUGGACCUGCUGAUGCAGGGGAAGGCGGCCCACGCCUGCGACCUGAUCGUCCAGCGCCUAAAGGCGCUGCAGGUGGCAACGACGGACGGCUCGGGGGCGGCGGCGGAGUGGUGGGAGCUGAUCCCGCCGCGCGACGAGCCCACGGCCAUCCGCAGCGAGGAGGAGGAGCUCAUCCGCAGCAUCCAGCUCGGCGAGAUGAGGUUGGACGAGCUCUCCGCGCGCCUGGCCUCUGCCAAGACGCCGGCCCCACCGCCGUGGAAGAUGUCCUUUGCGGAGAUGCGGAAGGAGUUCCCGCAGCAGCCGGGGGGCGGAGAUCGUGCCACCCUAUGCGAGCGGGGUGAGGGCGUCGCGGAGCCCCCGCUGGCCACCGCGCUGCAGUGCUGGUCCGACGAGCUCUCCCUCGGCUUCGGCAAGAGCAUCGUCGCGGUCGACCUGGCGGCGCAGCUGGCGGCAGCAGUGCGACGCCGCCCAGGCAGCCUUGGCCACUCCGCUCGGUCUUUCAGCAUGCGUGCGGACACAUUUUGUGGGAGCGGAGGGUCGUCGAACAGGAGGGUUCGGGACGCCCUGCCGCUUCCCCUUCCGUCGACCGAGGAGGUGGUCCGCUGGCUGGCCCACAGUGCCUUGCCCAAGGCGCGCAGGUGCCGCCGCCGCGCCGUGGCGCGGGAGGUCAGCGAGCAGGCGUGGCUGCGCCUCAGCGUGGUGGCGCUCAACUAUGCGUUCUACGGCCGCGCGCAGGAAGGCUGGCGCCACAGGCCGGCCCUGUCGGAGGCGCAGACGCAGGUCUACGUGCACUUGAAGAGCCGAGCGGCGGCCCUGGCGGAGGACCCGCUCGCCAUGGUCGUGGUCCCUGCGAUCGACGAGCUGGCGGGCGGCUGCGGGUCAGCGUACGAGGGCGAGACGGGCGUGAAGGCCCUCCCCUGCCGGCUCUGCGAGCUGGCCCCUGGCCUGCCCGCGCGGGAGUGCGCUGCCACGCUCGACGCGAUCGACUUCGUUGACGACGAGGUCGGCGCCUGGCUGCGCCGCCCCGAGCUGGCGCUCCUCGACCAGUCCGACUGGCCCGACCCGCUGCCGCGGGCCCGCGUGAACGUGGAGACGGAGGCGGACUGGGAGGAGCUGGCGCUGCACCUCGUGUCGCUCAGCAUCUUCACCACGCUCGCGGAGAGCGAGCUGGUCCGCGUGAGGGGCGAGCCCGCGCUGAACGGCCUGUUCGCGGUGGAGAAGAAGGGCACCCCAGCGCCUGGCGCCACGCGGGUCACCAGGCCCAUCCCCAACAUGGUGCCAGGCAACUCGCUCCUGAAGGCCCACGUGGGCGAGGCGGCGCUGCUCGCGGCCUCGACGUCCUGGACGUCGGUCGUGAUCCCCGAGGGGAAGCUGCUGCUGUGGUCGGGCGACGACCAGAAGGGGGCCUUCUUCGUGUGGCGGGUCCCGCCCGCGUGGCACCCCUACAUGGCCGUGGGGCGGCCGCUCGCGGGCAAGCUGUUUGGCCGCUCGGAGCCCGUCGUCUACGUGACCUCGGAGGUUUUGGCCCGCAAGCUCGCGGGGGCCCUGAGCGACCUCCAGCUGCAGGUCCGCGCCAGCUACGAGAGGGCGAGCGCCUCCUUCUCGGCCGAGAAGGCGCACUGCAGGCAGCUGAGGGUCGAGCGCAUGGGCGCGGACGUCGACGGCGUCAGCGGGCGCCUCGCGGUCCCCGCCUCCAAGGCGCUGGCCACUGCGGGCCUCUGCUUGGCCGCGGCGCAGCGGCGCCUGGCCCCGCGGCGCGUUGCCAUGGCGGCCCUCGGCAAGCUCGCGAGGGCCUUCGAGUUCAGGCGGCCGCUCUUCGGGGUCCUGAGCUCCGUCUGGACGCUGGCUGCGUCCUCAUCGCAGGAGGCUUACCUGGACGCGGAGAUGGUGGAGGAGCUCCUCAUGGGCGUGAUGGUCCUGCCGCUGGCCGCCUCCUCGCUGCGGGCGCGCAUCGACGGCAUGGUCACGUCCUCGGACGCGUCGGAGAUGGGCGGCGGCGUGUGCACGUCAGCCGGCCUGCGCGAGAAUGUCGCCGCCGCCUUGCAGGUGCCGAGGGCGGUCCCCGACCAGCUGGGGAUAGGGGCCAGGCUCCUCAACAUGCCCGAGGACUGCGCCCGACCGUGGGCGGCAGCCAACCCACGCGUCCCCGCCAGGGCAGUCCGCAGGGUGUUGUCGGUGCUGCUCAUCGGCCUGUUCGACGGCAUCGGAGGCCUCGCCGUCGCCUUUUCGAGACUGCCCUUCCGCAUCGCGGCCUACGUCGCGGCCGAGGCGGACGCCAGGGCGAGGCGCGUUGCCAGGCUCCGCCGGCCAGGUGUCAUCGACUGGGGCGACGUCACCCGCGUGGGCAGCGAGACGGUGCGGGACCUGUUCGAGGCGUUCGGCGGCCUCGUCGACCUCGCGGCGGUCGCUGCGGGCAGCCCCUGCCAGGACCUGUCGCGCCUCAACGUCGGCGGGCGCGGCCUCAGCGGCAGGAAGUCCUCGCUGUUCCACGAGGUGCCGCGUAUCCUGGCUCUCCUCGCCGCCGUUUUCAGGGACAGGCUCGUUUGGUUCGUGGAGAACGCGGCCAGCAUGUCCGACGUCAACGGUGCUGAUCUCGGAGGCGCUGCAGGUGAGCCGCGCCUGUUCUGGACGAGUUGGGGCGUCACCGCGUCGGCGCCUCUUCGGCUGACCGACCGCGGGGUCCACGACGAGCUGGUGGGCCCUGGCGCCCCGCCCAUGGACCUCGCGUGGGAGGACGAGGGCUGCUCUUGGCCAGGGAGACCGAGGUACACCUCCCUAGCCACCAAGGGCUCGAACCCUCAGGACGCCUCCGACGCCAGGGCCUUCCUCCUCGGCAACAGCUUCAGUAUUCACGUCGGGGCAUGGUUGUGCCAGCAACUCCUGCACCGCCGCGGCGCGCUGAACGGGGGGCUGUCGAUAGAAGAGCUGCCCCCCGUCCGCGAGUGCCGGGCGACGUGGGACCAGGCGGGGGCCUUCGUCACGGGGCCAGGGGAGCCAGACACCGCGGAGGCGAGGCAGCUGGUCCUGCACUACCUCAGCCGCGCGGAGAAGGGCGGGUCGGACGUCAGGCUGGACUACGGCGCCCCCUACCGCCCGCGAGGUUGGCCGAGGACGAGCCUGGACCCGUUAGUGUGGAUGUGGCGCGUGGUGGUCAGCAUGGCGUGGCCCAGCCGGAGCUCCACCCACAUAAACGUGAGAGAGCUGCAGGCGGCCACGUCGGCGAUCAGGUGGCGCGCCCGCAAGGUCGCGCAGCGCGGGAGCAGGUUCUUGCACCUCGUCGACAGCCAGGUGGUCGCGGCCAUCGUGACGAGGGGCCGCAGCAGCAGCAGGAAGCUCCAGCCCAUCCUGAAGCGCUGGAUGGCCGUCGUUGUGGCGGCCGACAUGUACCCACUGAUCGGCUACGUGGUCUCGGAGGGCAGCCCUGCGUGGCUCGAAGCCCAGGAGGCGAGGGCGACCCGUGCCGCGCGCGCGGCCGCUCACCGCUGGCCCGUGCCCGUGAGGCGCCGCGGGACGCGCUGCCAGACUCUCUCUUCCCUGAAGGUGUCGGCGGAGACGCGGCGGCGCUACGAACGGGCUCUGCGGGCCCUGCUGGCCCACUUCGGAGCCGAGCAGGCGGGGGCGGGCGCCUUGCGCGGGGACCCCGAGGACGCCGACGCCCUCGUCGCGGAGUACCUCAAUGGCCUGUGGGCCUCUGGUGCGGGCAUCGCGGCCGCCAGCAACACGCUGGCAGAGGGGUGCUUCGCGGCGCCUCGUUCGAGGCGACCACUUGACCUGAGCUGGACUCUCCUCAAGGCAUGGAGGCAGCAUGAGCCAGCGUCCAGGGUGCUGCCGCUCACGACCCAGGCCGUCGCGGCCAUGGCGGGUUUCGCUUGCGCUGCAGGCGCUUUCGACGUGGCCGCCCUCCUUCUCGUCAACCUUGAAGGCAUGCUCCAAGGCGCGGAGGUGUUUGCCCUGACGGUGGGCGACAUCGUCACCGCAACCUCGUUCAAGACCACGGCUGGCAAGGACUGCGCGGAGGCAGUCGUCGUCCGCAGCAGGAUGGCCGUGGCGCUCCUGCGGAUUGCGGUCCGCAGCCUUGGUGCAGGCGCGCGGCUCUCCACCGCACGCCUGUGCAUCGAGGGCGCGGUGGCCGGCUCAGUGCGCGCCCAGCCCGGGAGCAAGCAGCCCGCGCCGUUGCGCGAGGACUGCGGCUCCUGCAGCUGGCCACUGUAA